ACUACAGCUCCCGAAGGGCUGCGGGCGGCCCCGCUUCCUGCCGCCCGGAGAGCCCAUGGAGCCGACGGAGGGCGCCGAGGAGGAGCGGCUGGUGCAGUGCCCCGUGUGCCUGCGGGAGCUGCCGGCCGCCGACAUCAACGCGCACCUGGACCGCUGCUUGCAGGCCGGCGGCGCCCAGGCCGAGCCCCCCAGCAAGCGGCCGCGCCUCGCCGCCCCCCCGCCGGGCAGCCAGGCCGAGGGGCAGCCGGAGCAGGCCCGCCCGGCCGGCGGCUCCCCCGCCUUCUCCCUCUUCCACAAGGGCCGCGGCGGCGGGCAGAGCGGCGCGGGGCGGGACGAGGCCGCGGCGCAGCCGGGCCAUGGAUGCGCGGCCGCGCUCUGCGGGGAGAGCGUGGCGCACAAGCUGCAGGGCAAGCCCCUGGCCGAGCGGCUGCGGCCCGACACGCUCGGGGACUACGUGGGGCAGGAGCCGGUGCUGGGGGCGCAGACCCUGCUGCGGUCCCUGCUGGAGUCCCACGAAAUCCCCUCGCUCAUCCUCUGGGGGCCGCCGGGCUGCGGGAAGACUACACUGGCACACAUCAUAGCCAACAGCAGCAAAAAGAAUGGCAUGAGGUUUGUGACACUGUCGGCCACAAGUGCCAAGACAAAUGAUGUUCGAGAUGUCAUCAGCCAAGCCCAGAAUGAAAAAAGACUCUUCAAGAGAAAAACUAUCCUCUUUAUUGAUGAGAUCCAUCGUUUCAAUAAAUCUCAGCAGGACACUUUCCUUCCUCACGUCGAGUGCGGAACGGUGACCCUGAUAGGAGCGACCACGGAAAACCCUUCCUUCCAAGUCAACGCCGCUCUGCUGAGCCGGUGCCGGGUGAUUGUCCUGGAGAAGCUCUCUGUUCAAGCGAUGGAGGCGAUUCUGAUGAGGGCCGUCAGGUUCUUAGGGCUCCAGGUUUUGGGCCAGGGCGACCAGCACGGCACCCCUGCGACUGGCAGCAGCAGCAAGAGCUCGGAAUUCCCAGUGUACAUAGAGGAGAAAGCGCUGAACACACUUGCCUAUCUUUGCGAUGGGGAUGCCAGGACUGGACUGAACGGACUCCAGUUGGCAGUUCAAGCCAGAAUAGCAGCAGGAAGCACCACUCCUUUGAACACUGCCAAAGGUGGUGCUUCAGAUGGCAUUCUGAUAACAGAAGAGCAUGUAAAGGAGGGACUCCAGCGAUCUCACAUCCUGUAUGACCGAGCAGGAGAAGAACAUUACAACUGCAUCUCUGCCCUGCACAAGUCUAUGAGAGGCUCCGAUGCAAACGCCUCCCUUUACUGGCUUGCUCGAAUGCUUGAGGGCGGUGAGGAUCCACUCUAUGUGGCAAGGAGGCUGGUGAGGUUUGCAAGUGAAGAUAUAGGACUGGCAGAUCCCCUGGCUUUAACUCAAGCAGUUGCUGCUUAUCAAGGCUGUCACUUCAUUGGAAUGCCCGAAUGUGAGGUGAUUCUAGCACAGUGUGUAGUGUACUUUGCCAGAGCCCCAAAGUCUAUAGAGGUGUACAAGGCAUAUGGCAAUGUCAAGGAAUGCCUGAGGACACACACGGGACCCCUGCCCCCUGUUCCUCUGCACCUGAGAAACGCCCCAACAAGGCUCAUGAAGAACUUGGGCUAUGGAAAAGGCUACAAAUACAACCCCAUGUACAAGGAACCUGUGGAGCAGGACUAUCUACCAGAAGAGUUGAAAGGAAGAGAUUUCUUCAAGGGACGAGAAAUGUGACUGCUGUGCUCAGAAUGGGUUUUGAUUUUAUGACUCGUACAUUUGUAUGGAUAAAAAUUCCCCUUACAGUGUCAGCUGCCUGUUACCAUGGUUGAAAGGAUUAAGCCACCAACCCUUUUAUUCUUUUUUAUCCUUCUGCUUUUAUUGCUGUUGAUCAGAAGGUAUUUUGUAAUGAAUUUCUGUUAGGCAGUGUAGAAAUGCAAAAAUGAGCUUCGUCCAUAUAGUGCUGUCACUGGUUUAAAUGAAACAAAAAAAAACCCAAGAGACUUGUAUUUCUGGCUCUUGCUGUGAGACAAGAAAUAUUACUGUGCUGCUUUUUAAAAUCAGUGUCUAUUUCAGAUUUUGAGAACGUUAUGUUCCAGAAAAAUAGAAAAUUGUACCCUCUCUGCUAAAAUACUGUACAAAAUAUAAUUGCAGAGUAAUUUUUGCUCUUACAAUGUUUCAGAGACCAAUUUUGUAUAACAGUCAUUUAACCAAUAAAGCUGUUACAAAUAGUG